AAGGGCAACAAACAAAAGGCAUUAUCCUUGCUAUGAUUUAUUGUUGAAAGCAAAACAAGAAUGCUAUCCACCAAAAAGUGCUUUACGGGUAACGGCUACUUGUGCAGAAAUGGAUUUACAAAGCCUUAUAAACCAUACUGUUAUGCGCUUAUCGAUAUUCCUGGAAGAAGUGUUAGUAACACUGAAUGACAAUGAACGGGAGUCAUUAACGUUAAUUUGCAAAUGGGGAUGUGACGGCUCCCAACAAUCACGGUUUAAACAGAAAUUCACAGAUGAUGCCGACUCUGAUGCCAACAUAUUUAUAAGCUCUUUUGUGCCUUUGAAAAUUGUUUGUGGAGAAAACAAUGAAAAGACUGUUUGGCAAAAUCCCACGCCUUCUUCUCCACGAUUUUGCCGCCCUAUAAGAUUCCGAUUUAUUAAGGAAUCUACAGAUAUAACAAAAGAGGAAAUCAGUUAUGUGGAAAAUGCCACCAAGUCCCUGACGCCCACUACAGUGAAUUUAGAUGGUGGCGAAUUUAAGUUUAGGCAUAUCAUGAAAAUGACGAUGAUUGACGGAAAAAUUUGCAAUGCAGCAACAAACACAACAUCCACAAGUCGAUGCUAUAUCUGUGGGGCUACUUCAAAGGACUUCAAUGACCUCAGUAAAAGAAAUGAGUCAAGCCCCGAAGCGUUGGAUUUCGGAAUUUCGGUUUUACAUGCCAGGAUACGGCUUUUUGAAAGCAUAUUGCACCUGGCAUAUAAAUUACCUGUCAAGAAAUACAGAGAAAGGAGAACCCCGGAAGAAAAGCUGUUAGAGCAGAAUAAAAAGAAGGAUAUCCAAGAAAGGUUCCGGACAGAAACUGGUCUCUUAGUAGACAUGCCAAAGGCAAAUUUCGGAAAUACAAAUGAUGGCAAUACCAGCAGACGUUUUUUCGAGGACACCGAGUUGGCGGCUGAGAUAACGGGUAUAAACCAUGAACUGAUUCAUAGACUUAAAGUCAUAAUAGAAGCUAUUUCUUGUGGCUAUAACAUUGAUGUAGCUAAAUACGACAGCUAUGCUUUGGACACAGCAAAGUUAUAUGUGGAGCAAUACGGCUGGCACCCUAUGACACCAACCAUGCACAAGAUUUUGAUUCACGGUGCCAGCAUUAUUCAAAAGGCUUUGUUGCCAAUAGGGCAAUUAUCGGAAGAAGCAGCAGAGGCACGAAAUAAACAUUUUCGGUCCUAUCGGCAAAACUUUUCAAGGAAGUUUUCAAGAGAGGUGUGUAACCUUGAUAUAUAUCAAAGGUUGCUAUUAACAUCCGAUCCUCUUUUAAGCAGUAUGAGGACUGUCAAAAGAAUUUCUCAAAAAUCGUUCUUAAAAGAAACGAUAGCUCUGCUUGUGUCUGCUGAACCGAACGAAGAGAUAGAUCAAGAAAACUCAGACACAGAUCAGGAAACAUGAUUUUUCUUGAAAAAUAAUGCGGGAGUGAUAAUUGUAAUUGUAAAAAAAUUAUAUAUGAAUAUUGUAUAUGUCAAAUCUUGUAUAAAUAAAUAAGAUUAU